AUGAUACGGCUUUUCGAAAAAGAGAAUCACGCCAAAACAUAUGCAGUUUAUAGACCUGAUUAUCCCAUUUCAGUCGCAGAAGAAAUCAUUAGUUAUGUAAGCAGGAAAAGCGGGUUACAAAAAGGUGACAAUAUACCGGUAAUGGUCGACAUUGGAUGUGGCACCGGGCAAUCAACUAAACUUUUUCAACCUUACGUAUCAAAAAUUAUAGGUAUCGAUCCAAGUGAAAAUCAAAUCGAGCAAGCAAAGAUAUGCAACUUUGCAGCAAACGUUACGUACUUGGUGGGGAAAGCUGAAAGCAUUCCUGUUGACGACGAAUCCGUGGACCUCGUCUGUGCUGGAAUUUCAAUUCACUGGGUUGAUUUUGAAUGUUUUUUUCAAGGAAUGCAGCAGAGUGCUGAAGCCUAG